UUGCAUGAUAUGAUUCUCCGUGAUCGAAACGAACGUGAUACCGUAAACCAGUUAGAAUGUGAGCAUGCUUUUCUUUUUCAACCAGAUCCCGAACACCAGGUGAUUGCCACGUACGUUCUACGCUUUGAGCACAGAUCCCCGCGCAGUGAGGCUAGCCCAAGUGGCGCCGAUCCGGCGCGAUCUGAUCGUGUCAUCAGUUCCGAGCAAGUUCAUGUGCUCCGUGUAUACUCGACCAGUCUUUAUUCAGACACAGUCCCUUCCUGA